CAGAAGGCGAGGAAAGCAAAGGGGGCUGUUCACUCCUACUGCACCCACCCACACAAAGCUCACCAUGCGAAGAUACUGAGGUGGUGGAUUGUACUCUUUCACUCUCUCUUCCUCCCUCCAUGUAUCUCUCUUCCCACUGAACCUUCUGAAGGUGACGUGACCCAUGCCAUGCUAGGAGUUCUAUCUGGUGCCUUGGACCUUGAGGUGUACAUCUGCACACCCUUAGCCACAACAAGAACACCUCCACCUAGUCAUUCCUCACUGUGCCCAUCAUCCCCUUGCCUCCCAGUCUGAUCCCCUAGUCACGCCAGAGAGAGGCAGACAGCACAAGCCCAUCUCACAUCUGAGGAACAUCUGAGGGACCCGUGGCACCACACAAAGGCGGAACCAGCCCCAUGGUGCAUAAGAACUCAGGAAAGAUGAGCAGCCACAUCUAGCAGAUCUUUUUUGUCUUUUUCAGAGCAAAGCGUGCAAGAAAUAGGGGGAGAGACAUACUCCUGUGAAAUAAAGAGAGGGAACAGGACAGGGAGAAACGGAAGAGGAUGCCUUUUGGGGGGUUUUCGGGGCUGAAGGAGCGGGUUCUGAAACCAGGGAAGGAGGAGGUGAAGAAUACAGUAGGAGACGGUCUGGGGAACCUGCAGAGGAAAAUUGAUGGGACCAAUGUGGACGAGGAUGACCAGAUGGAGCUCACGGAGGACGGGCAACCGGUGGCUCCUCGCCACAAUCCCCCUCUAUUUGACUGCGGUUGCUGCGGCCUGCCCAAGCGCUACAUCAUCGCCAUUCUCAGUGGGCUGGGCUUCUGCAUCUCCUUUGGCAUCCGUUGCAACCUGGGGGUGGCCAUUGUGGAGAUGGUCAACAACAACACAGUCUACAUCAAUGGAACACCUGUACUCCAGCCAGCUCAAUUCAACUGGGACCCAGAGACUGUGGGACUGAUCCAUGGCUCCUUCUUCUGGGGUUACAUCGUCACACAGAUCCCUGGAGGCUUCAUCUCCAACAAGCUGGCCGCCAACAGAGUGUUUGGGGCGGCCAUUUUUCUCACGUCCAUACUGAAUAUGUUCAUCCCUUCAGCAGCCAGAAGGCACUACGGCUGUGUCAUGUUAGUCCGCAUCCUGCAAGGUUUGGUGGAGGGUGUUACCUACCCUGCAUGCCAUGGGAUGUGGGCCAAAUGGGCCCCUCCCCUGGAGAGAAGUCGACUGGCCACCACCUCAUUCUGUGGUUCCUAUGCAGGUGCUGUGAUUGCCAUGCCUUUAGCAGGAGUCCUGGUUCAGUUUGUUGGAUGGCCCUCAGUCUUCUAUAUCUAUGGUGUAUUUGGGAUUAUAUGGUACAUCUUCUGGCUCCUGCUUGCCUAUGGGAGCCCAGCCGCCCACCCCACUAUAAGCGAUGAGGAGAGGAUCUACAUAGAGACCACCAUUGGCGAGGGUGUCAAAAUAUUGAGCGCCACUGAGAAAUUCAAGACUCCAUGGCGCCGUUUCUUCACCUCCAUGCCUGUCUAUGCCAUCAUCGUGGCUAACUUCUGCCGUAGCUGGACCUUCUAUCUGCUCCUCAUCAGCCAGCCAGCCUACUUUGAGGAGGUGUUUGGCUUCUCCAUCGGCAAGGUGGGGCUCCUGUCUGCUGUGCCUCACAUGGUGAUGACCAUCGUAGUGCCCAUCGGUGGCCAGCUAGCCGACUUCCUACGCAGUCGUAAAAUCAUGUCAACUACAAACGUCCGGAAAAUCAUGAACUGCGGAGGUUUUGGAAUGGAGGCGACUCUGCUGCUGGUGGUGGGGUUCAGUCAUACACGUGGGGUUGCCAUCUCCUUCCUGGUGCUAGCUGUGGGCUUCAGUGGCUUUGCCAUCUCAGGGUUCAAUGUAAACCACUUGGACAUUGCUCCUCGCUAUGCCAGUAUCCUAAUGGGCAUCUCCAAUGGUGUUGGCACACUGUCUGGAAUGGUGUGCCCCCUUAUUGUUGGAGCACUGACUAAACACAAGACCCGUCUGGAGUGGCAGAACGUGUUUGUGAUAGCCGCCAUGGUGCACUACACAGGGGUCAUCUUCUAUGCUAUCUUCGCCUCAGGCGACAAGCAGGAAUGGGCAGAACAAGAGAGCACCAGCGAAGAUAAGGUCGGUAUUAUCGACGAGGAUGAGCUGGCCGAAGAGACAGAGCUCAACAGCGAGAUUGCCAUGGCACCCAAUAAAAGCUAUGGAACCACAGAGAACUCAUCGGGUCGCAAACAGGGCUGGAAGAAGAACAGAGGAGUCACCAUGCAGGAGGAUAAGGAUGAUGGGAACUUGCACCACGGGAAUGGGAACUACCAGGAGCAGUAUCAGUGA